CCUCUCCCACUCAUUAGUUCCCAUCUAUAACCUCUGUGGCUCUGUGGUGGUAACUUUUACUGACCCCAGCAGAGACACUGUGGAGCCUCUACAACGUGGUGACAGCAUAAGGACCUGUCAAUCACUUUCUUCUCUCCUGUGCUGAGAUCUCAAAAAAGCCACUCUGCUCAUCUGGAACCGAAGUGGACUUUGAAGUUCCACAACAUGGCGUCCCAGAUCCCAGCGCUCCCACAGUCCCACGCUCCAGGGACCGACAGUGUUUUUUCUGUCCAGUCUGGAUUUUACUCUCUGGACUCCAAUGUCCCCGGCCUCUCUAAGGUGAUUCUAGACAAGCUCAAUAUGAAGGACUACGGAGAAUACAGGGCUGCUGUUGAAGGAAAGGCCAAAGGGAUCUCGUUCCGCAACUACAAGGAGUUGUUCCAGAAGAUGGAGGAGACCUUCAAGUUCUGCACCAGCUGCAACAAACUCCCAGAGCACCUCGCCGAGGGCCAGGCCCUGAAGCGCUGCGUGAAGUGCUUGAAUGUGUACUACUGCACUAAGGACUGUCAGAAAAAGGACUGGCCUCAGCAUAAAAAGGUCUGCAAGAUCCUGCGUCUGGUGGCCAUUGACAGGCUGGUGGAGUGGCUGAUGUUCACUGGAGACCUGCCGUUCCCCACUGAGAAGUGGUCCAAGUCCGCUGCUGAGGUGAAGAACUGGGAAGACUGGCUUCCUAUGCAGGGGGACCUCACGCCACGUCUGGAUGCCAUCUUGUCGGGUGCCAGCAUGGCAACCCUUUGGAAGAACGCCAGCAGGCCGAGGCCGGAAGACUCUGAUCUGCAACAGUCUGUAUGGCGGAUUCAGAGCGAAUUCCUCUCUCGAGUUCUCACAGUCGGGAUGGCCAUGCAACGCUUUGGCCUCGACCCGUACGCUAAGCCGCUCACUAUACACUUAGCAGGUGCGUCCCACAAUGAGACCAUGGGAGCCAGACUGACUGACUAUGACGAGCUGAACUACAUGUUCCCCGGGCACCAGGGUAUCGAGAUAGUCAUGGUGGGUCCGGAGGUGGUGGACGGCCCCAUCAUGAGGCCUCCUCUCAGGGCGUUUGGCCCCAAGCAGAGGGUCUACAUCAGCGCCAGCAAGGGCCUCUACCACCAGUUCUGGGAGGAUGUGGUGGAGAAAGAGGAGGCAGCCAGGCCAGAUUUGGUGGUCGGAUUUCAUCCUGGGUUCCACGCUAACCAGGGUCUGGUAGAGGGUUGGCUUCCCACCCUCCUGCUGCUCAGAGAUUAUAACAUCCCUACUCUCUUCUCCAUGUACAGCGAGAUGGAGCUCAAGUGCUCACUCCAGAUCCUGUUGGAGUUGGAGAUGCACAUCAGGGACAGUGGGCCCAAUCCAUUUAGCUCACAGAAACCAGAGCAGGUCCAGUCCUGCCCCAACAAAACCCCCGUCUACUGCAACUCCCAUUAUGUCUGCUUCCAGGGACUGCUGCCUCAAGAAGACUUUGAAGAGCCUGGGCCAGUCAAUUAAGAGGUCAUGAUAAGGAAAGGCCUGUUUUUGUUGUGCCUCCACUUUAAAGAUUUUUCAGCCUUUCAGAUAUGGACAUUGCUUAGCUGUGCUGCCACUUGGCACACAUGGACGCUGAAGCUUAAACUCUCAGCUGCGGCAGAAAAGGUUUUUCAUAGAGAAGAAUGUACAAUCACUGCUGCACGUGUCCUGAACACUGUUCUUUCAGUUCUGAAAUUAUCAAUUAAUGAAACAGAUACAGAAAUCACUCACAGCUCAUUAUUUAGGAUGAUGGCACCUGAGGGCAUCGGCGGGCCACAAAGGUUUUUACUGUUAGCGCCCCGAGGUAGCACGGCUGCUGGAUAUAAAGAGUCAUGCAUGUACAUACGUAAUGAGACCAAAAUGAGUUCUGCGGCUAGAACCAUUCCCAAAUCUCACAAUGACUGCACGAAAUCAGAUCAUACGUGUGCUAAUGUAA